CUGACAGGUUGCGCAUGCCGAAUAGUUACCAAAUCUAAGCGACCUGACCAUGGAAAUCGAUCAAAUUAGAGAUGAGUCUUCACCACCAGAGGCUCCAGCCACUAAAAUGACCAGAAAACAAAUAUUAACACUUAUUGCUAUGGCCUCUAUAAACUUCAGUUCAAUGAUCUGCUAUUCCAUUCUGGGUCCCUUUUUCCCAAAUGAGGCAAAGAAGAAAGGUGUCAGUCAAGCUAUGAUUGGUUUAAUAUUCGGAAUCUAUGCAUUAUUCACUUUGGUUGGGUCUUUGUUACUUGGUAAAUAUAUUGUCCAGAUAGGAGCCAAGUUUAUGAUUGUGGCAGGUUUGUUCGUAUCAAGUGUAUGUACUGUACUCUUCGGGUUUCUUGACCAAGUGUCUGAUGGGACUGUAUUCAUAGUGCUGUGUUUUAUAACACGGUGUAUAAAUGCAGUGGGCUUUUCUGCCGCCGUUACGUCAUCUUUUGCUGUUUCAGCAAAAGUAUUUCCUGACAACAUAGCAACCGUUUUGGGGUUUAUGGAGAUUUUCACUGGGCUUGGCCUAAUAUUGGGACCUCCAUUGGGCGGUUGGUUGUAUCAGGCGUUCGGAUAUGAAAUCCCAUUUGUUUUCACGGGAUGUCUUCUGUUUGCGACAGUUCCCCUCAAUAUGUGGAUUUUACCAAGCUUUGAUGCGGUUCCUUCCCAGAAUUCUUUCCUCAGGCUGUGUACCAGAGUAAAGAUCCUGCUUAUCUGUUUUGUGGUGUUCACACUGAGUUCAGGAAUCGGCUUCCUGGAUGCAACAUUGUCCAUCUUUGCCAUCGAGAAACUUAACCUCAGUGCUGGUUCAGUGGGACUUCUCAUGAUUGGACUGUCAUUGCCAUAUGGAGCGGCGUCACCCAUCUUUGGUGUGAUCAGUGAUAGAUAUCCUUCAAUCAGGAAAUGGAUGAUGGUGAUUGGUGGAAUGGCCACAGCGGUUAGCUUCUGUUUCCUCGGCCCACUUCCUGUUUUCCACAUUAAGAAUCAGCUCUGGCUCACGGUUCUCAUGCUGGUUGUGGUGGGCUUCUCUCUGUGUAUGACCUGCAUCCCAACCUUCGCUGAGAUGAUUAGUUGUGCACAUGAAUAUGGUUUUGAGGAAGGAUUGAGUACGCUGGGUUUGGUAUCAGGAUUGUUCUCAGCUAUUUGGUCUGCUGGGAUGUUCUUUGGCCCGACUAUUGGUGGAUACCUCACACAAGCACUAAACUUUGAAUGGAGUGCAGGGAUUCAAGGAGGACUCGCCUUUCUCGCUGCCCUCUUACAAUUAACAUAUUUUACCUUUGAAGAAAUUCAAAAGAAGAAGUCACAAAAGGUCAACAAUACUGAAACGACAGAAAAAUCUCCUCUUCUUCCUGAGAACGAUCAUAUCAGAGCUGACGUCAGCUGAGAUGCUGUAUGCUUUUCAAAGGAAGAAGACAUUUUAUCAUAUUGCUGGUUAAUAAAUGAUACUGAUGGAAUAUGACAAAACUAACAGAUCCAAAACCUGAAAAGGAUCUAUGUUACAAUGUUUAAGUUAUACUGGUGGUCUGUUGUCAACACAGAAAUAUUAAUUUAUAAGGACCUGCCAUUAAACCAAGAAUAUAUUAUAUAUCAUUUCAACAUUAUCAGUAAAUGUAACAUCAAGUUACACAUUAAAUGUUCUGUAAACAGAUUAAAUCAAUAAGAGAGGAGACUAAUAAUAGGAGUAAAAUAAUCCUCUGCGGUUGCAUAAAUUUAACACGGUUACAUAUGUUAAAAGUUAUAGAUCUCUGUGUAUGUAUAUGUGUGUGUGUGUGUGUGUGUUUUGAGUAGAGUAGGAAGUAUUAUUUCUCUGAAAGACUUCAAAUAUCUUUUGGAGCUUUGCAAGAAUGCAGGAUUUUUGUGUUACUUAACAUAGAUUAGUCACACUGGCUCGAGUUUGUGAGUGACCCCAUUCCUAUUGACUCGAAAGAUUUAUGCUAUUGUUGCCAUAUUACUCAGAGGAGAAUAAAAAUGUAAAACUGAAAACACAAUAUUUGUACAGACAUGUUAAAAUAUAGUAUAAGAUAUA